GUUGAGAAAGAGUGGCUGGUGACUUUGGCCACCAUAAACCCGGGGGAAGUGGACUACGAGGAUUUCUGUCCGUGUGCGAGACGCCUGGCCAAGCAGCUGAAGGAGCAGGAACGAGCUGAGAUCGUCAUCGCACUGACUCAUAUGCGCGUGCCGAACGACGAGCUGCUUGCAAACGAGGUUCCGGAGGUGGACAUCAUACUCGGUGGGCAUGACCACCACUACGACGUCAAACCUGUCGGACCGCACGGCACUUAUGUUCUGAAGAGUGGCACUGACUUCCGAGAUAUCACAGUGCUGCAGCUGGAGUUCACGGAUUCCACUGAGAGCGGCAGCAAGGCCUUCGAGGUCAUAGAUCACAAGCACGUGGAGAUCGACAGCAGCAUCGUUGAG